AGAAAACAGCGCUUUGUCGUAUAAAUACUGUGUAACCCUGGUCCUUCUCUUGAAAAGCAGGAAGACUAGCAUUCUUUUAGACAUUUUUCCCCUUCUGAAUAAGAGCUGGUGAUAACAAUGAACUUCCAGGUGCUUCUGCUGGUCUGUGCUGUGGUGAUUGCCACUAACAUCCACUGUCAAGCACAACCUCAACUUGGAGAUUCAAAUAAGUCUCCAGUGGUCAAAGGUCACAUCAUAUCCGUACAACAGGGCAAGAAAUGCAACUGCAUUGGUAGAAGAAAUGCACUGGAGCAGAACUACUGUCCUUGUGAGCAGCAACGUCAAUAUAAACUCCUCAGUAAAGAGCAGACAUUUGCUUGCCUAAAGAAGGGGAUUUCAACAUUUAAAAAAUGCCAACAGUUUACUGGAGGAAAUAAGAAGAAAAAAGUCAUCAGUACGCCAUUUUAACUCACAGUCACUAUAGUCCACCUCCAGAAUUUUAAACAUACUUAUCACACCAUAUAUUAAAUAUUGUAUACUGAA